AUGCGGCAUGGAUGGAUGCAUGGCUGCAGCAGGCUCCAUGCCUGCAGACGCCGCACCUGGGCCGGCAUCCGAGAGAUUGAUUGGCUAGCCGUGAUGGGAUCGGUCAGGUGCUCGAUCUGGCGUGCUGCGUGCGGCGCUUCAGGCCGGAGGCCGGUGAACUGGUGCUUCGGCUGUGGAAGAAGCUCUUGGCUGGCUUUUGCUUCACAGACUUCUCAGUGA